CUAUGACUCUUUGGCCCCGCCCCUACGGACGCAUGCUUGGAAGACAUGCGCUUUGCGGCAAAGUCCUCCUUUUCUCCACACACGCUUCUAAGCCUCGGCACAUCUCCUCACAUUGCUACUAACUACACUUUAUUCAUCUUCCGUGUCAGGGUAAACUCCACUCGUCUCAGCCAAAUUUGGAGAUUAUUAGGCCCGCUUAGCUUGAUAGUUGUUUGAGUGCGCCAAUUAGCUUAGCAUGCUAGUUAGCUUAGCUUGUUAGCCGCUAACAAAGAGACGCGGAUUUGAUCAACACAUCGCUUAGUUAAGAUCAAGUGUGAGUGUAAAGUGUUGUGAUUGUGUGAAAAUGUGCGAAAGAACGAUAGCAAAGUAUGAGGAAGAACUUUGUUGUGUGAAAAUGUGUGAAAGAACGAUAGCAGAGUACAAAGAGGAACUUUCUCGGACAAAAGAAGAGAACGAGAGACUACGUCAACUAUUGGAAGCUGUUUUCAAGAAACCUCAAGUUGUGUUACACAGAACAGAUGUCCAGCAGCCCCCUCACAUAAAAAAGGAAGAGGAGGAUCCACAGCCCCCCCACAUGAAAGAGGAAGAGGAGGAAGUGUGGAUGAGUCAGGAGGGAGAGUGUCCUGUAGGGCAGGAGGAGGCUGAUGUCAGCAAGUUUCCACUGACUGUUGUCUCUGUGAAGACUGAAGAGCAUGAAGACAAACCACCUGAGUCCUCACAGCUUCAUCACAGUCCAAAUGUCCAGCAGCCCCCUCACAUUAAAGAGGAAGAGGAGAAUCCACAGCCCCCCCACAUUAAAGAGGAAGAGGAGGAAGUGUGGAUGAGUCAGGAGGGAGAGUGUCUUCUAGGGCAGGAGGAGGCUGAUGUCAGCAAGUUUCCACUGACUGUUGUCUCUGUGAAGACUGAAGAGCAUGAAGACAAACCACCUGAGUCCUCACAGCUUCAUCACAGUCCAAAUGUCGAAGAACAUCUUUUUCGUGAGCAGGAAGAGGAACCACAGCCCCCCCACAUUAAAGAGGAAGUUGAGACGCCACAGACCCAUAAUGUUAAACUGACCCUUCACAUUAAAGGGCAAGCGGAGGACCCACUGAACUUACACAUCAAAAAUAAAGAGGAGGACCCACUGAACCCUCACAUUAAAGAGGAAGAGGAAGACCAAGAGCCGCCGCACAUUAAAGAGGAAGAGGAGGACCAAGAUACGCCGCACAUUAAAGAGGAAGAGGAGGACCAAGAGCCGCCGCACAUUAAAGAGGAAGAGGAGGAAGAGGGCAUCAGUCAGCCUAAAUGGUUGGAGGAGUUCCCAGUGACUGGUGUCCCUGUGAAGAGUGAAGAUGAUGAGGUGAAAGGUGAAAGUGAGGAGAGGGGAGGGGGGGAGCCUCCAAGCAGCAGCUCAACACAAUACAUGACAACAGAAGCUGAUGGAGACCACUGUGGAGGAUCACAAGCAGACAAGCUCUUAGCUCCACUAUCAGAUAGUGAGGACACAACGUCACACUCUCCUGACACUGAUGAUGAAGACUCUAAAGAUGAUAAGACAUGUCACACUGACAACACUCACUUCACAUCUUCUCACUCUCACAAAACAUUUAAAUACCAUAGUUAUCUGAAAAGACACAAGAGAACACACACUGGAGAAAAACCUUUUUCUUGUUCACUCUGUAGUAAAGGUUUUGCACAAAGUCACGAUUUGAAAAGACACAUGAGAACACACACUGGAGAAAAACCCUUUUCUUGUUCACUCUGUGGUAAAGGUUUUGGACUUAGUCACGAUUUGAAAAGACACAUGAGAACACACACUGGAGAAAAACCCUUUUCUUGUUCACUCUGUGGUAAAGGUUUUGGACUUAGUCGCAAUUUGAAAGGACACAUGAGAACACACACUGGUGAAAAACCUUUUUCUUGUUCAAUCUGUGGUAAAGGUUUUACAGAAAGUAAUCAUUUGAAAAGACACAUGAGAACACACACUGGAGAAAAACCUUUUUCCUGUUCGACCUGUGGUAAAGGUUUUACAAAUAGUACAGAUGUGAAAACACACAUGAGAACACACACUAGUGAAAAACCUUUUUCUUGUUCAAUCUGUGGUAAAGGUUUUACAGAAAGUCAGAAUGUGAAAGUACACAUGAGAACACACACUGGUGAAAAAACUUUUCCCUGUUCAAUCUGUGGUAAAGGUUUUACAAGAAGUACAUAUGCGAAAGUACACAUGAGAACACACACUGGUGAAAAACCUUUUUCUUGUUCAAUCUGUGGUAAAGGUUUUGCACAAAGUAAUAAUUUGAAAAGACACAUGAGAACACACACUGGAGAAAAACCUUUUUCCUGUUCGACCUGUGGUAAAGGUUUUACAAAUAGUACAGAUGUGAAAACACACAUGAGAACACACACUAGUGAAAAACCUUUUUCUUGUUCAAUCUGUGGUAAAGGUUUUACAGAAAGUCAGAAUGUGAAAGUACACAUGAGAACACACACUGGUGAAAAAACUUUUCCCUGUUCAAUCUGUGGUAAAGGUUUUACAAGAAGUCAACAUUUGAAAGUACACAUGAGAAUACACACUGAUGAAAAAGCUUUUUCUUGUUCAACCUGUGGUAAAGGUUUUACAGAAAGUCAACAUUUGAAAGUACACAUGAGAACACACACUGGUGAAAAAUCUUUUUCCUGUUCAACCUGUGGUAAAGGUUUUACACAAAGUCAAAAUAUGAAAGUACACAUGAGAACACACACUGGUGAAAAAUCACAUUCCUGUUCAAUCUGCAACAGAAGCUUUUGUGACCGAUCAAACCUUUUAGCACACAUGAGAAGACACCCAGGAGAGAAAGUGUUGAGUUGCAGUGUGUGUGGUGAAAGAUUGUCUUCUAAGUACCAGUGUAAGAAACACAAGUGUGCUGGUGAGAACAGCAGCAGCAAAUGAAACUGCAGGAUUUGAAAUAAACUGUCCAGACUUUCAUUUUGACUUUCUAACAACAUCAGCACAUAUAACAUGUGUGACAUUGUUGUUUGUCCAACAAUCUUUUUAAUAUGCUUCUACAUUUAUAGAUUAGAUAGUUGGAAAUAUAAAAGUAUUACUUAUUUGUACUUGUAAUUGUUGAUAAUCCCAUAGAUUAUCACCUUUAUAUGAUAUACAUAUGUACUGGUUCACAUCUGAAACAUCUUCUGGACCACUUCAGGAAGCAUAUUAUUAUUUACUUUAUACAUCAUUUAAACAGUUGUCUUUUAUACAAUUUUAAAAUGUGUGACUUUAUGAAUCAUUUGUUGGGUCUCUGUAAUCCAUUUUAUUAAUCAUCUUUACUACUCUCUUUUGUAAUAUGAUGAUUGUGUUGUGAUUUUUUUAUACUUUAACUUAAUAUGUAUGUACUUGUACGUUUAUGCAAUAAAAAGUGAGAGAAAAUGG